AUGAACUGGUUUCAAUCAACUCCCGUAUGGGAAUGCGGAGACAAAGUCGUCGUUAUCACGGGGGCGUCGUCGGGAAUUGGGAAAGCUCUCGCCCAAGACUUGGCGGACCAAGGUGCCAAGCUAGUGCUCGCCGCCCGACGCCAGACCGAGCUGGAUGCUCUGGCAGCGGAACUCCCAGGCGAGACCUUGGUGGUGCUCACUGACGUUAGCAAGGAAGAGGACUGCCAAAGACUAAUAGAGAUGACGAUUCAAAAAUUUGGACGCAUUGAUGCGCUCGUCAACAACGCUGGCAUUUCUCAGACCACCCGCUUCGCGGACGAGAAGAGUCUCGAUCGGUACCGUGCCAUGAUGAACGUUAACUACUUUGGUACUUUACAAUGUACGUUCUACGCGUUACCCUAUAUCCAGCAAUCCUCCGGCAUGAUUGUGGCCGUCAGUAGUAUGACUGGGAAACUGGGCGUUCCCACGCGGACGGGGUACGCCGCAUCCAAGCACGCGAUCCACGGCUUUUUGGACAGUUUGCGUACAGAGCUGAUCAAUACCGAUGUGCACAUCCUACUGGCUUGUCCUGGAUACGUGGCCACGGACGUUCGUAAGGUUGCUUCUGGUACCGAUCGAGACCAGAUCAACGACGCUCCGGAUCUCAUGUCGGCGGAAGAAUGUGCCGCGCAGAUCCGUCGGGCUAUGGAAGAAAAGCGCCGCGAGAUUCUG